AUGGAGGUGAAUGGUGAUAACGUGUUCCAUAACGAAAACUUUGGAGGAGGUACGGAGGUGAUUGGUGAUAAUGUGCUCCAUAACGAAAACUUUGGAGGAGAUAUGGAGGUGAAUGGUGAUAAUGUUCUCCACAAUGAAAACAUUGGAGGAGGUAUGGAGGUGAAUGAUGAUAAUGUGCUCCAUAACGAAAACUUUGGAGGAGGUAUGGAGGUGAAUGGUGACAAAGCACUCCAUAACGAAAGCUUUGGAGGAGGUAUGGAGGUGAUUGGUGAUAACGCGCUCCAUAAUGAAUACUUUGGAGGAGAUAUGGAAGUAAAUGAUAAUAGUGUGCUCCAUAAUGAAAACUUUGGAGAAGGUAUGGAGGUGAAUGGUGACAAAGUACUCCAUAACGAAAACUUUGGAGGGGGUAUGGAGGUGAAUGAUGAUAACAUGCUACAUAACGAAAACUUCGGAGAAGGUAUGGAGGUGAAUGAUGAUAACGUGCUCCAUAACGAAAGCUUUGGAGGAGGUAUAGAGGUGAAUGGUGACAAAGUAAUCCAUAACGAAAACUUUGGAGGAGGAAAGGAGGUGAAUGAUGAUAAUGUGCUCCAUAGCGAAAACUUUGGAGGAGAUAUUGAGGUGAAUGGUGAUAAUGUGCUCCAUAAUGAAAACUUUGGAGGAGGUAUCGAUGUGAAUGGUGAUAAAGUACUCCAUAACGACAACUUUGGAGUAGGUAUGGAGGUGAACUGUGAUAAUGUGCUCCAUAACGAAAUUUUUGGAGAUGGCAUGGAGGUGAAUGGUGAUAAAGUGCUCCAUAACGAAAACUUUGGAGGAAGUAUGGAAAUGAUUGGUGAUAAUGUGCUCCAUAACGAAACUUUGGAGGAAGUAUGGAGGUGA